AUGGACGAACCAACUUACGAUAACAAUAAUUCAGCUCUUGAUUCCCUAUCUACCCAAACGUCUUAUUUGAACUCGCAGGAUCUUUCAUCUACAAGUCUUGAUUCUCAAUCAGACUCCAAAUUUCACCCAAUCCUUAAUUUCCAACAAUCUCAUGCUUCCGAUUUAUUAGACGGAAUCGGCAGUACUUCUUCUAAUGGUGCUAUUGUGCCCACCUUACCAGCGAUCGUCGAAGCUCAGCAAUUAUGCUCUGAAAUCAGGGAAAUCAGUAAUAAAUUAUGGGAAAGCAGGAAAGCUGGUGACGAGCAUUGGGUGCUUGAUCUGGCAACAAGACGUCAAUUGGAUUUAAAAUUCAUUAAACUUAGACAGCUCAAUCGAAAAAUGUGUCAAGAUAAACAAAAUAUUAAAAAUAAAACUCAUUAUGCAAAAGGACAAAUGGAUCUUGCGCAUAUGAAACUACAAGAUGUUAUGUUUCAGAAAUGUUUGUUAAAAAGUACGCUUAGUAAAUUUCCACGUAGAUUCAAGUUUGAAGAUAUCUCAUUAAUCACCCUUGAUGAAUUCAUGAAGACUGCUCCGGAACGAUACCUUCCCGUUAUGCCUGAAGAUACUGAUACUAAACAACGUGAUCAUCAAUUAUUACUGGCUCAAUUACGAUACGAGCUCGCUGAACGUACAAGAUUGAACGAUAAUUAUCUUGAAAAAUUGAAAAGAAAAGAAGAUGUUCUUCGAAGACUAAGAGGAAAAUCAAAAUUAUAUCAUGAAGUCAAUAAAAUAAUGUCUGAUCCAUUUAGCACGAUUAAAUCUCUUCAACAAAUUAAUUCAACUUUAGUAGCUAGUAUAUCGUCAUCACCUGAAACCAAAUUUUCGAUUGACCAUUCAAGCUCCAUGGUUGACGAUAAUUGA